CAUUGAGCUCCCGGAAGGAACAUUCACGCUGAACGAGGCGGGUGUGCCCAUUGUGUUCGUAUGCACCAAGGCGGACCAGAUCGACGAGGACCAUGCAGGGAAGGGCAUGGUCAAGGGCAAGGGCGAAGACUGGGAAGAAAGGACGGACGGCAUCAUGCAGGUUUUGCGAACAAUAGCACUGCUUUAUGGUGCUGGCGUCUUCUACACCACUUUACUGCCGGAAACGUUGGCAACAUUACGACAAUAUGCCCUCCACAUGCUCUUUAUACCACCGGCACCAUCACCCACAUCAACUCUGCCCGCCUCUUCUUCGACUUCCGAAAUAAUACAGACGAAGAACCCCUUCCGCUUCACGCACAAGCCGAAUACCCUUGACCGCGACCGCAUCAUCAUUCCUUCGGGAUGGGACUCCGCUGGCAAGAUCACCGUCAUGCGCGAGGGAUUCGACGUCAAGGCGUGGCAGCGCGCAUGGACGACAAACACUGCGCCAGAUGAAGACGAAGAUCAGGAGAGCGUCAGGGUUAUGUACAGCCGUCUCGCGCCAGACCAGGGCGUCAAGGAGCACCCACUACCACCGCUCAUCUCUCCCAUGCCCGAGCCAACCUUCCUCUCGAAGCACUACGACGAGAACGCGAAGAAGCCCGACCGCGACCCGCGUGGAGCGUUCCGCAAUCCGAACGACAUGGCACCCGGCGGCAUUGUCGGCCCCGUCGGAGGCUCCUUCCUACCCAACGUUGAGCGCGUGCUCACGGAGAUGGAGGCGAACGCGUCGCUCUCGUCCUCAACCUCGCGACGGCCUGCCGCGCAGCGGCCAAACCAGCUGGCUGGCGCCGCUGCGCUCAGUGCGCGCGAUAUCGCAGCGGCUAAGCCGAGUCCGAGCCCGACGGGGCAGACGCAGCACGAGGUGCUGCAGAACUUCUUCCAGAGCUUGCUGAGCACGAGCUCGAAGGAUCGCGCGGCGGGUGCGGUGCCUACUGGUACCAGCAAGCGAGUGAAUGGGGGGACGCCCAGCAAAGAAGGGCCCGGUAGCGGAGGGGGCGAGACGGAAUGAAGAGGUUGAGCGAGUGUCUACAUCACACCAUUGUAUCGAGACGUGCGAGGAGAUAUGCAUGGGGCUCCUUCUGCUA